GUUGCAGUUGUUUUGGAACGGGUUUGAGCGAGAGGUGAGACGUGAGAAAUAAAAAUGUCAAGUUUAUUCAGUCACUCUUCUCUUCGGUGCAGUGUCAGUGAUAGUCCAAUUCACCGAUUGUGUUUUAACAUGUUUUGAGUGUAGAUAGAAAAUUUGUUGUGUCAAGUGUUUGUUUUGUUCGCGUUUAUAGUUAUUUUGUUGAAAUUAUUUAAAUAAUGAUGGACUCGAUGGACGAUAAUCACUUUGCUACUAAGCCAAUGUUAGAAGAGACAUUUUAUAUCCUGUCAAAAAAGAACACGGUUUACAGAGUGAAGUUGACAGAGAAAGGGCUUUGUUUACAGAAAGAAAACAAUGGAACAAUAAAAACUGAAACUAUUGCAUUGUGCGAUAUUAUUGGAUGUCGGUGUAUGCGUAGCAAAAGACGUUCGGAAAAUAAUGCUUGUGCCUGUCGUCCCAGCUCAAGCAGAAAAAACGAUCCUAGAGUUGUUGAUGAAAAUUCGGUUGAUAAGGACGAAAAUGAUAUCAGUGCUUUUCUUUACAUUUACGCUUACGUUUUAAAAAAUUGCAAAGUAAAGUCUGGACAGAAACGAGAAAGAAUGACUAUAACAUUGCGGUUCAGAUCUUUCGACAAGUAUGAUGAUAAUAUGAAGGAAGCACAGAAGUGGAGAUCGGCUAUAAAAUAUUUAAUUACCUCGAGGUAUAGCCCUCAAAUUUCUCCCGGGAUGUCACCUACGUCAGGACCUUUUGGGAGCACAGUAAUUGAUAACAAAGUGUUCUUCAUAAUUAAUCCGAAAAGUGGUGUUGGAAAGGCUCGUGAUAUCUUCCAGCAAAGAGUUGUUCCUAUUCUCACAGAGGCUGAUAUCAAUUACGACAUUCACGUCACACGCCAUGCUCAAGAUGCCAGAAACCUGGUUCGAUCUCAGGAUAUCAAUCAAUAUGGAGGUGGUAUAGUUGUUGUUGGAGGAGAUGGAAUCCUAUUCGAAGUGAUCAAUGGACUCCUGGAACGUUUGGACUGGGAACCGGUGAUAGAACGGAUAAAACUUGGUAUUAUACCUUGUGGGUCAGGGAAUGGUCUUGCCAAAGCAAUUAGUUACGCUUACAAUGAACCUCACGACCAUAAUCCCGUACUGAUAUCUACCCUGAACGUGGUUCGGGGUGUUGCCGCUCCCAUGGAUUUGGUCCGUGUUCAAACUGAAUCUCAGGUUUAUUUUUCGUUUCUGUCGAUUGGCUGGGGUCUUUUGUCAGACAUAGAUGUUGAGAGUGAAAGACUACGAGCGAUUGGAAGUCAGCGAUUCACAAUAUGGAGUGUCGCUCGGCUCAUUGGCUUGAGAACGUACAAAGGGCGUUUAUCGUUCCAGAGGAUUCCGGCGGAUAGACUGCCAAUGAGUCGCAAUGGCAGUUCAUCGCUGCUGAGUCGGAGCAUCAGUGAGUGCGUCGAUGUCAACUCGUCCAUUUACCCCAGCAACAGCUUUGGCGACUGCCUCAACCUUGAAACUUCAUCUGAGGUGACGGAUUGUGUGAUGAGACGGCGCGACAGCUUCUACUCGGUGGCGUCUCGUCGCAGCACGUACCUGUCGGCGGCCGGUAGCAGCUACCAGUCGCUGGUGGAGGCGACCGGUGGCUCCUCCCCGCCACGCGUCUACGGCCCCGCCUCCCGGCUGCCACCUCUCAACCAGCCUCUGCCGUCCGACAGUUGGGAGGUGAUCAGCGGGGAGUUUGUAAUGGUGCAUGCUGUGUACCAGUCGCACAUCGCAGCAGACUGUUAUUUCGCGCCCGACUCGCGUCUCUCAGAUGGAGUUAUUUGGCUGUCUGUCAUCAAAGCUGGCAUUUCCAGAGCUCACCUACUUCAGUUCCUUCUGGGCCUAUCGACCGGAACGCAUGUGAAUAUAGCGCAGACCGAGUUCAUCCCGGUUUCGGCGUUUCGCCUGGAGCCACUCUCCAACAACAGCCUCAUCACAGUUGACGGCGAGCGAAUCAACGACAACUUGUUGCAAGCUGAAAUCAUUCCUGGAAUGGCCAAUGUGCUCGCACGCAGGAGCUAGUAAUCAACUAGUUAACUAGUUUCUUGUUAUUCGACUAGUUAAAACAACUAAUUAAUUCAACUAGUUAGAUCAACUAAUUAAUCAACUAGUUCCUUGAUCUUCCUGUAAUAUAGACAUUGAAAAAUUCUUUUUAAAGAAGUAAAACAAUCAUUGAAAUCAUUUUAUAUAGUUUAUAGAAAAAAUAUUGUUGUUAUCUGUAUGAAGAUGUAUCUAUAUGUUCAUAAAGUUAUAAUUUGAAAUUAUAUAUUUAAAUAUUUUUGAUUAUUUAAAUACAGCAUUAUCAAAUUAGCAAACUUUCUAUUGCAUGUAGUGUAGUGUUUUUAAUUGUUAUGGCAUUUAAGAACCAGUUACCGCGCAUAUAUUAUUUUUUAUAAAUUCUGUUAUACAUAACAUCUCCAGUACAAUUUAUCUAUGUAAGCGUUUUAUCCCUACCUGUGAUUCAGAUACAUUUGUAAUUUCUAAUGUCAGAAAACUAUAUCUCUAUAUACAGUUCUAUGAAACUUAUUUAUGCAUUUUAUAACUUGUGGUUCAUAAAAUAGUUUACGAGGUACUACCUGCGUUAGUAGGUAUACGCUGAGUUGAUUAAUACUCAUUUAAAGCAUUAUAAAUAGUUCACAUAUUAUAAUUCAUAAGUUUUUCAUCAUCUUAUUUAUGUCAUUUUAUAAAUGUCGAUAAUAAUUGCUGACUUGUGCAAUAUGUCUUAUAAGAAUUACUUUGAUUAAAAAGUUUUUUCUUCUUUUGAUAACAUAUUUUCAAGUUCUGCAAGUUGGUGAGAUGGUGUAUUUUGUUUCGACGUAUUUAUUGUAUGAAUAAUGCAUGCUCAAAUUGAAAACGGUGUAACUGUUAGUAAGAUAUUAUAACCAUUGGAAGAAUUCCAAAACUAAUCAGAUUUUGCAUUGAUAUCCCACAUAUUAUUGAUACAGUAUAUCAACAGAGAUGUGAAACGUAUAAAUGGCUAAGGAUUUUUAGUGUGAGAAGACUGAGUGUAAUUGUUAUUGUUGUUUUUCGGUUUAUGGGACCAGUUAAUUCAAUGGAUAUAUUUGAAUAAUACAAGGCUAUUUUGCUUGUUAAACUGUCCUGAGAAUCCAAUCAGAUGCUCAAGAAUACUAACUAAUAUUUUAUUUCCAUGUCAACAAAACCUAAUUGCCACGGUACCCGUUAAAAAGAAAAUGGAUUGCUGUAUUACAGAUGAACCCAAAAUUUUGUAUGUUCAAGGACUGUUUUAAACGUAUUAAUUUAUUGUGCUUACAUCUAAUUGUAAGAUAAUUUGCAAUUUUCAAGGCUGAUUUAUCAAAUGAAUGAAAGUUAUAUCAUUUGAAAAUUUCCUCAAUUUGAUACUAGAUUUUCACAUCGAUUUACUAUGGGGGUUCAGGGAUGUUUUGAAUAUAAAUUCAAAAACGGCAAAUCGUUUAAUAAAGAUCUGUUAUCUGUAUAAUGUUUUUUAGUCUGAAAUUAUCAAUUAAAUCACUAUUAGGCUUUGCAACCCAAUUUUAUUAGUUUCGGAUUCUCUGGAUCCAUAUCUUUGAAAAUAUUCAACACUAAAAAUGCCUAUUAUGCUUGUUCAUUAAAUACUUUUUCAUCUAAAUUAAUAAGGUUAAUCAUUUCACUUUUAUAAAAAUGUAUUGCAGAAAAUGUCUAUUAUUAGUUAUAUUAUUUUUUGCCUCAUACUGAUCCAGCCUCAAUCUUUUCAUUGUUUUUAGAAAAUAUUGGAGUUCACUUUAACGUAACUGGAAUCAUUGCCCCUUUGUUUAAAUUAAAUUUCACUAUCAAUAAUGUUGAAAAUGUGCAUUUUAUUGAAUUAUCAAAAAAUAUAUAUAAUCUAAAGUCAUAGAAUCUUAUAAAUUAGAUUUCUGUAAACUAGUUGCUUGUAAAUUCAAUCGAAUUUAUAAUUAAGUCACUAUUUUGAAUAGAUAAUUUUAUUAAAUACAAUAUGAAUUUAAUUCAAUUCCAUUCACUCCAAUAUAAAAUUAUGGAUAAAUUCACAUGAAAGCAAUAAAAGUCUGUAAAUCUCUUUGAUCAGUUUUCUUGGAAAUUUUCACUCAACAUUUAAUGAAUUAAUUAGUCAGAAAUCUAAAAACAACUAAAUCGUUCUUCCUAUUCAAAUUACCUCGUAUUAAAUUAACAUUUUCCCUUCUAUAGUGAUUCAUUUAUGAUUGUACAGUACUACUUAUGGUAAAGGUAAGUUUGUGGGUGAAAAUGUUAUUAAUUUCAAUCAAUUAUAAGAUAAUCCUAAGCUAUAAUUUAGAGAAAAUAAUAUGCACUUAGUGUAGAGUGAACGAAUUUUUAUUAGUGAUGAGAAACGAAAAACCUCUCAGAGAAAAUCCACAAUCAAUCAUUUUUAAUAUUUUAUGUAAUUUAGGAGAUUUAAAUAUUUUAUAUCCUAUUUAAGAUUGUUUUAAUUCACUGGCAUUUUGAAUACUGAGUGUAAUAAUGCAUCGUGUAAUUAGAAAUUUUCGCAAUAACUAGUCUUCCUAGAUUGAAAAAAUAUAUUGUGAUAAUUAUUGUGUAGCCUAAUAUGUUGAUUCGACAUUUUUGAUAAAUGGAAAAUAGACAAUAGACUCUUUGUUCAUGAUGAAUUUAUAAUAAAACUCCCCUCAGUUUUUUCAUAAAUAGGGGGUUUACUCUCAACUGUGUAUAUUUACAAUAGAAUACAGCUUUGUUUGCUAGUAGUAGUACACAUUCUAAAAAAUCUAUAUUUUAUUUAUUAAAACUAAAAUUGAGGUGGGUCUAGAGAAUUUGUUCCUAUGAGCGCAUAGUUAUGUCACACAUUUGAUUUUGUUUGUUCAAUUAGAUUGAUUUAUUACAUUAAAUUAAAGUUUACUGAGAAAGCUGCAGGAAUUUUAUUUGUUACUUCUCAUCACAAAUGAAAGGAGCAUCUAUUUACCAUUUACUUCAGUGUUUAGCAAUUCUCGUCUUGUUUAGGUCGAUGAGUUCCAAUCAAUAUGAACUCUGCAAGAUUUUUCAAGCAUUUGAAAAACUAUGUAUAGACUGUUUUGAUCUUGAAAAUGUAUAUGUACAAAUCCUCCUAUAUCAGUGAAGAUCCUAUACCUAAACUGACUUAGGUAUAAGAUUACUUUUAAUUUUACUGUAGAAGAUUAACAGUCUCUAGCCAAAAAAAGUAUUAUUACAGUAGUGUUUCCAAUCGAAACUGAAAGUGUUUUCAGUCUAAUCAUGAAUAUUUUAUUGACUCAAAGAGUACUUCAAGAAAAAUGAUUAUAAGUCUGCAUGCCGUAUUAUCUAAGAUAAUUUACAUCCAACCAUUUUUCUAAAAAAUGAAUUCAAUGGAUUUCAAAAACUAAUGAUGUUUGAAAAUCGCCCAUUAAAUAAAGUUGGAAAACAAUUUUAUUAAGUAGGCUACUUUGGAGAUCAGUGCCAAUUAGUUGAAUAGUGUUAAAACGUAGUGAUACUGAAAAUUACAAUUUUAAUAAAUUAGUACCACACUUGUAUUGGAAAGUAUAUAGAUUUCGAAAUAAAUAACAUUUGAAUUGAUCAUACACUAGACUCUAGUUUACUCCACUUGAAAAUAGACUAUGUUAUUCGUACUAUUAUACAAAUAUUUAAAUUAUUUGAGUCAAUUUUGAUGAUAAGUAUCAUAUUCCUUGUAAUUAUAAAAAUUCAUUAAUGACAGUCAAUUCUAAAUCUAAUUCACAAUUUGUUCUUGUAUUCAAUAAUAUUUAAUCAUAUUUGCUAACAUUAUCUAGUUAAAAGGGUCAAUUUUUGUUGUUAAUUUUGAUACUUUCCUUACUAUUACUACUUUGCUAACAUAUUCUUCUUUAUAUACUGUAGUAAGUUUUGAACACCAUGAUCUUAAUCUUCCAAUGGGAUCCUAGGGAUAUCCGUGAACAGUCAAUUUUAGAUCUAAAAUCAACCUUGUUUUUGAUUAUUUAUUAUAAUCAUACUGUAGUUCAAUAUAUUAAUUAGGUCACAUUUUCCUGUUUCAGAGGACUUGUUGUUUUGGAGGAGUGAAAACAUGUCAUUUUUACUAUGUUCAUCACUAAUUUCCUACUUGAUGUAUUUUUUUUCAACAGAGAAACCAGUUCUAAUCUUAUAUUUUCUUAUAGAGAGUGAUUGAAAAGUCGCACAAUCCAAAUCUCAAAAGUUUUAUGGUUUGUGUUGGAUGACUUUUCGAUUACUCUAUUUUUAGUUGUAAUAUUAUUUUACUGUUUUUAAGAUUGUGUUUUUUGAUUGAUGUUAGUCCGAUAAUUGUCUGAAAGCCUUCAGGUUGAAUAAUAUUCAGUGAUCGAAUCGAAACAUACUACAACAUAAAUCCAUAAAAUGGAUUCCAUGUCUUUGUAGUUUUUUUUAUAAAAACUAAGAAUUAGAGAUUGUAACAUUAGCCAGAGUAAUUUAAACUGCUCAAAUUUAAUAAAUGCAAUAACUAGCACUAUAGCACAGCAACCAUACCUGAACUCUUUAUUAUUAAUAAUAUUAAUAUUAUAAGAGAAAUUUAUGAAAUACUACUUGUCAAUCAUCUUCUGAUGAUUAUUUUUGUAGUCUGAAUAUUUUAUAUUGAUCUUAAAUUAAAAACUAAAAUUGCAUUCUUUUUUUUGAAGAAUUUGUGAUACUUGUUUGAAUUAUGGUACAUUUUAUAGUUUGAUAAUAAAUUGAACAAUUACAAUUUUAAAUAUCAUUUAUUGGAAUCAUACAGUUCAGAAGAUUGUUUGUAUUUUACUGAAUAAUAUAAUGUACUAUAGUAUGAGAUACGAGAAGAUUGUAUAAAGAAGAUUAUACGUACAAAAACAAAUAUUAUUAUGGAAAAUCAUAGAAAGUAUAAUUGAAAUAAUUAUUUUUUUAGUUUUUUAUUUUGCAUUAUCAUUAUAAAUGCUAAUUUAUAGCAUCUCUGCUAAAAAUCAAGAAAUAUUUUAUUUUCAACUGACCAAGAUGAUAAGUAUUUUUGAAAUGUAAUAGUAUAAUUUAUAUGGGAAUCGUAUCAAGUAACUUUUAUUAAAAAUGUUAAUAUUUCUCUGAAAAUAAGAAUUAUAUUUCUUCAUGUGUUCAAAAUCUCUAUCAAAUUCAUUGGAAUAGCGAUCGGAAAUUACUGAAUACAUUUAGCAAGCCUGUACAUCUGAACUACGAAUAUGUUAAGUCACAUCUAAUUUAUUGAAGAAUUUAUUUCGAUGUUGGAAAAUUGUGAUUUUAAUGUUUAUUUCGACAUAAAUAUGAAUUUAAAAAAUUAAUAUAGUGAUCUUUGAAUUAGCAAUACUGUAUAUGAAUAAUAUAAUAUUUUAGAAUAUAUCAUGCCUUUUAUACAUAGUCAAUAAUUAUUGUUUUUUUUUUUUUUGCUAUUCACCAAUUAUUGGUAUUUUGUUAACGCCAUCCAUAAUGUAAAAGGAUGGUCAAUGGCCUAUGUACAGACAUGUAAAAAUCUAAGAAAUAAAGAAAGCCUGCAUUACUGAA